UUCUGCAGAGUGUAAGUCAUUGUAUCGGCGACAAGGCGGAAAUGCCCGGCUCUCUGAUCGUCUGCACAAAUGGACUAUACGCUUUUUUUUUUCUCUUCUUUAAUCGUAACUUUUAAACUUUAAAAAUUUGUGUUGGAUUCUUCUACUUGUUCAAACAUUUAUUUCGCUAGACAAUGAAUCAAUAAAGUUCUUAAAUUUCAGAGGAAUAGUUGCACUAAGUAAUUAAUACUGUACCAGACUCAGCUUUGACCUCAUAACCUGAUUCAAUUUGUUUUCCAUCACCACUUUAAAAAAAAAUCAAAAUAGAACUGUUUUCAUCUGUUUGUUUUACAAGCUAUUCUGCUUUAGGCCAUAGGGGCAGACGUCAUGGAGCAGACGAAGGUAAUUAGGACUUGACCUUAAUUUGUACAUUUUGGUCAGCACUGUCAUGAUGCAUAAAGGUUCUUUUGUAAAGCAGGCUGACCUUGGGUCAGUCACAGUUAGAAAAUGACUUUAGAAAGGUCAUUCUCGCAGACAACGUUCAACACCAAUAAUCAAAUCACCACCACCAUCUUAGCUGAGCGCCUCCACCGCACGUCCUUCUGCUCCCCAACUGCUGCUUCACCCUGCCAUGCGCCCUUGAGGGUGAGCACACCUCGGGCGCACCCUCCCCUGAACAAAACAAACUCUGACCACGCUAUACUAGGACUCAAGUCUAACCCCGACUACGCAAAGCCUGGAUGGUCCCCAACUGGUUCUAUUGAUGAUGUCCAACUGCGGAAGAAAGAAUACAGAGCAGUUUCCAAGCCCCAGAAUGCGAGAAGACAGCUAAGCCUCCAGGGCAGCAAUUUAUCUCCACAAGCUUACUUGCAGAAAAUCCCCAGGCGUUCUUCUUUUCCUCAUGUUUACAGGCAAGAUAGCCGCAGAGUGAGCAAUUCCUCCUCCUUCGUGGAAUCAAACAGCCAGAUCAAGGAAAAUAAUACACUAAACAGCUCUUCCAUUACACAGUUCACGGAGAAAUCAUCACGUGCUUCUUUAGAGAAAUCCAACUCUUCUCAAGAGAGCGCUAAAGGAGGUUCUAAAGAAUUUUUACUGGAAUUCCCACCAAUGCCUAAGUCUGGAACUUCGCUACUAUCUGCUGCCAAAAAAUCAGAAAAGAGUAAGGAGAAGAAAUGCAAUCUGAAGCCAGCACAGUCCAUGCCAGGCCUUGUCGAAGCUUCAAGUAAAGAUUGCCGGGCGUAUUCGGCUGAUGCUCGCCCAAGGCAAAGCACCUCUUGUGCAUUUUUCAUGAUUUUUAAACGCAAGAAGAGAUCUAAAGAAGACAGAUCUCCUUCCCCGGUGAGACGGUAUUCAUACAAAAGUUCCGAAUCAGCUCCGAAAUCCGAGCUCCACGCAACUACUUCUAAUAAAGAUAACAGCAUCUUAGAAUCUUCUGACUCAAAAGAGAGAAGAACCUCCCAUUCUUCUAAAGAGCGUAGGAUAUCCCAGACAUCUUCACACAAAGAUAGACCCCCUUCUCAGGCGUCGUCCUCUAGGUACCAACCAACGCCCUCAUCAUCUCUCUCCGUUUUAUCCCCCAGCACCACAGACAGGACUCCGAAAUUUGAAAGCCGAUCUCGCUUGCGGCAUAGAAAAGAUAAAAACACUCACAGGCACCCGUCAGGGUCAAGGUCACAAUCAGAUUCACGAAAACAUUCGAAGCAUCAUCAUAUCAGACACGAGGAUCUGCCCCCGCACCCGUCAAUCUUAAAACAAUCCAAGGAAUCAACAAACAUUGUGACAUCGCUUUGGUCCAAGAGCAAGUCCAAAUCUGAGACCAAAAGUAGAGACCAAUCCAAAGAAGUAGAUAAUAGGAAGCGAGUUCAAAACAAUAAUUCUUCCCACGGUGAUACUUCACAAACGAAACAAAAAUCACAAAGUGAACAUAAUUCAAAAAGUGAAAAUAAGCGAGAUAGUGAGGACAGGGACGCCAGGAGGGCACAUUACAAAAAGGUCAACGGUAAACAGGACAACAACAACAGGCCAGAAGACAAAGUUGUAGACAUUGUCAUUAAACCCAAGCCCUCCAUCGUAGAGAAUAUUGACUCUACUUCACAAGAUGACAUCAUCCUUGCUGGAAACCUGUCCCUGCCUUUAGAUCAUAUCAACAAAUCAAGGCACAGUUCGUGUGUUGACCAGCCCAUUAUUAAACCAGAGUCCGACUCUGAUUCAGACUGUGACCAGAAACCUGGUGACGAUCACUCUGAGGUAUUUAAGAAGACGAGUGCCAGCCAACCUUCAUCUCACAAAAAGGUUCAGUCUCCCUCGUGCUCAAAUACAAGCAGUUCCAACUCUAACUCGCCCAAAAAGACAAACAAUCAUCACUCGCAAUCAUCCCCCAAAAAGGCUAGCGUCUCCAGCUCAGAAUCUAGUCCCAUCGUGAAGAGCACAGAGUCGGCUUGUGGUUCUACGCCGAACCUUAGGGGCAAGUCUCUGAUCAGCACCAGCAAGACCGAGCCCGCGGCCGAAUGCCACGAGCAGCCUGCUUUUGAUAGGCACCCCGUGAGGUCGAGGUCGCUGCCCAGGUUCGAACCUCACCUCCAGUUUGACGCGGACAAUAAAGUGAUAUCGGACACGGAGGACUUUGAGUAUCGGCCGACUGAAAUGAAAGGACCUUUGCAUCUCUCCUUCUGUGGCUGUGGCUUCCUGGGCAUGUACCACCUGGGUGUGGUCACCUGUCUAGUCAAUAGAGCACCAGCCUUUCUAGAAAAGAUUGAGAAAGUGAGUGGUGCUUCUGCCGGCGCCCUGAUGGCGGCUGUUUUGGUCACUGCCAGAGACAAAACUGAGGAAGCAUCUGAUCAUGUUCAGAACUUGGCUAAAGAGAUACGCAAAAAAACGCUAGGCGCACUCACACCUGGUUACAGUUUUACCAGGAGUCUACGUUAUAUGCUAGAUGACCUACUUCCAGAAAAUGCCCAUGUGAUAGCCCAGGGCAAGCUGUACAUCUCUCUGACCAAUGCCCAGACAAAGAAAAAUGAGCUGAUAUCUGACUACAAGUCUAGGGAUGAAUUAAUUGAAGCGCUUAUUGCCAGUUGUUAUAUUCCUGUGUAUGCUGGGAUGAAGGCACCAACCAUUGGCGGCAAGAAAUAUAUAGAUGGUGGUUUGACAGACAAUAUGCCUAGAUUUGAAAGUGGAAGAACCAUUACUGUUUCUCCCUUCGAUGGCAAGUCAGAUAUUGGCCCUAAAACAGGUCAAGAGCUAGAGAAAAAAGCCCAUUUUAUAAAUUUCCAAAAUCAGGACUAUCAGGUAGAGGUCAAUAUGAACAAUUUUAAGAAAGGCAAAGAUGCUUUCUUCCCUCCAAAAUCUCAUAUUCUUCAAGAAUACUUCGAGAAGGGCAGAUUUGAUGCUAGCAGGUUUCUAAUUAGAGAAGGUCUUUAUCAGAUCAACACUCAACAGCAACAAGAACGAGUACUUUAUGAAUCUUCUGUUUGAUAAAGGCUUUAGGAUUUAUUUCUAUCUGAUACUACUUUGUAAAUCAUGUACAUGAUCAUUCUUUAGCUAAGAUAUUUUCCUAGUUCUCAAGAUUUAGCAAAAGGAAAAAGUAUUUUUUAUUCUCUAUACUAAAAAAACAAUGUCAAUCAAUGAUCUUUUCCUCACUGCUUACAGUGACAUUUUCAUUCAUUCUCAUCUACUCAUUCAAAGAAUUGUGAAGUGUUUGAAAUCAAUUUAUUUGACAAUGCAUCACAUCUCAUUAUACCAAGUGUUUGAAGUGCAAUAUCAAAUUUUGCAUUGCAAUCUUUUUUGUCAAGUGAUUCAAUCACCCUAACAAAAAAAAAAUUGUUAUUAGAAUUAACUCAAGAUCUUGAGGGAAAAAAAUACCCGGUGCCUGUGGCUGAUAAACUUUUUAAACUUGAAGAAUCAAAAAUCCAUUCUGAUUUUGCUUGUUUUUUUUUUUAUUUUAUGUUAUUUUUGUGUUUUAAUACAUGUAUCUAUAAAUAUGAACCUCAAAACACAUCAUCCUUAGAUGAGUGUCUUUCUAAUGGAUUUGUGGCAUGGCAUAUAAUAAAAGAAAUUAAAUAGAUAAUUUUUAGGAGGUUAGAAUACAACUAGAACAUAUUAAGGUCCCAUUGAUGAAUGAGGACAUUUUGUAAUGUAUAGCUGUAGUGCUAGUCUAUGGAAUGGUUUUGCCAACUGAAAAAUAGAGUAAAAUGUAUCAUAUCAAGCACAUUACUUUGUUGACUUUAGUACAAUUGUAAAUAUACUUCAUACACAUUUAUUUGAUUGCUUAUGGAAGAAGCUGUUCAAGAAUAAAGAGAUUUGUACAUUAUCAUUUCUAAAACUUGUCUAAAGUGAGGGGAAGUGCAAGUAAGAUUACGUAUGCAAAAUGUUUUAUGAGUUAGACAAUUAAUAGUUCCCACAUAGAUCUCUCUCUUAACCUCCCUCUUUUUUCGUCGUCCAGGAGGUAUAGUGAGGGGCAUCAAUUUAUUUGUGGGUUUUGUUGUUUUUUCGGGGUACUUUAUCUGUAAUUGAACGUUAAUAUCUUUUUGUUAACAGCCACAAUGCAUCAGAUCUUCAUCAGACUAAGAUCUUGCCUAAUGUAAUACACAUUUUAGUAGCGCUUUCCCCAUCUAGAUUGGCUGGCUUGGCAUUUCAACAUUGUCAGUUUUUCCUUCUGUUGGCGUGUCAACUUUUUAUUUUCUGUUGGACACAUUCUUAGCAUGGAACUGAGAUAUAUAGGGAAAUGUCUUACUUUAGACUUUGUUUUCAUUUUCUCAAAAUGUUUAGUCCUGUCGUUUUGAAAAAAAUAAAAUCCUGUCAACUAACUUUAGCUUUUGUGUGAAAUACUUGUAAUGUAAUUUUUUAUUUUUUUUUUCAAAAAUAUUUUGUUUCCUUACAUUUCAAGUGACCUUGAUGUAUAUAUUAUAUGUAUAUAUUUAUGUAUUAUACUAAAUAAUAUAUUUUUUAUAUAUAAAGUAAGCUUUUGUAGGCAUUAUAUACAAAUGCAGAGCUUAAAGGUUUUGACAGCUGGAGGCAGAAAUUUCAUCAUGUCAAAAAUUCAAAAUCAUCCUCUGUAGCCAUUCAUUUGUAUCCAGUCCAGUGAUAAAUUGGAAACCAUUUUGCAUAGCUAAAAAAAGAAGAAAUUGAUGAGGUGAAAUGACUCUAUAUAAAAAGGGUGUGCUGCAGAUUGACCAUUGAAUUCCUGUUAGUUCAGUUACUACAACAUUCUGUGUUGUGAUGUUAAGAAACAUUCCAAAUGUUAAUGUGCCUUGAUUUUCUUGUGCUUGUGUUUUGUGACAUGGCAGACAUUGCUGCUCUACGUCCCAGAGUUGUUGAGUGCCCUCUGAUGUCCAUCCUUUCAAAAUGAAUGUACAACUAUAGCAGAGAAUACAUUUAGGACUUGGCAAAGUCUGUACAGCCUAAGUAUUUUUUUUAGAGUUUUAGCUAAUUAACAGUGUUGUAUUAGCUAUCACAUGCAAAGUACCUACUAAAUUUUUAAGUCAUUUAUAGUUAUGAUUAACUUAUGAUGACUAAUCUUAAGAAAAACAAAACUAGGACUGUAUUCAUGAAUUCCUCAAAAAUAUUUGUUGUAAAAAAUUGAUGUAAAUUAGAUAUCUUGUUACAUUAGCAAAAUGACUGUAUAGUUCAAUAUUGCAAGCAAAACUAUCAACCAAUACAUGUACAUAUCUUAUUAAUACUAUAAUACAUGAAAUUGUAUAACUUUCAACUUUUUUUUAAUAGAAAAAACAACAAAUUCUGUUUAGUUGUAUACUUUGCACAUGUCUUACCAUCUUUCAAUUAAAUUGUACUGGUUACUUGUCUUCUUGUGGACCAGGUUUGAGUCACUUGUCCACAAAAUGUAGACAUUGUCUGUCUGCUCAAGAUGCCCCUUACCUAUAUAGGCCUAUGCUUUUUUUUUGUAUAGGGUGUACAGUUUGUAAAAAAAAAAUAAUAAUAAUGAAAGAGUGGCUUCCCUUGCCAUAAAGUUAUUAACUUAUUCAAUUACUUUUUUUUUUUUUUCUUUUGCAUGUUUAUAAAAUAAAUUAAAGCUUAAUCAUCAAACAAA